UGUUAUUCCAGACACAGAGCAUCACUGAAAGAGCGGUAAAGUACCUCCCCGUACCAGCUUCUUUACACACACCACGGUCCGUCCCGCGAGCGCCCGCUGCUCUGUGAGCCGCUGCUGAGGGUAAUGGGUUGUGGAGGUCGGGGGAAACUUUACCUCUCCGGUUAUUUACUGUGGCCAGAGAGUUCCGCGAGUUUAGGAUAAAUAAGAGCGAGUCUGGACUUUUCUCCGGAGAGCGGCGGCGGAGAGCAGCGGAGAGCGGGUAAAACGAUCCAGCUGGAUCUGCAGUAUGUGGUGGGAUGGAUGAAGAAGAGCAGAACCGCUAUGUGGCUCAGCUAAAAGAGGAGUUUGACAGCUGUGAUACUACAGGCACCGGUUAUCUUGACAAAGAGGAACUCACAGCACUGUGCCACAAACUGAGUCUGGAUGCCCAUCUUCCACUACUGCUGGACACACUCCUUGGACCCCAGCAUUAUGCAAGAGUGAAUUUUGAAGAGUUCAAGGAGGGAUUUGUAGCUGUGUUGUCAAGGUCAUUGGACUUUUCUACAUCUGAAGAGGAGAGCAGCUACCUUGAGCCAGCAGUGCCAGAAGAGGUGAAGCCAAAGUUUGUGAAGGGAACCAAGCGCUAUGGCCGCAGAUCUCGGCCUGAUAAAACGAGUUCUGUGCUGACAGCGGACUUAGAGGACUCUCCUCCAUUCGGGGCGGACCAGGAUGAAGCCCCAUCUACAGGUGUGAGAAGGGCGAAGCUUAGGCGGUCCACCUCACUUGAAAGUGUAGAGAGUCUGAAAUCUGAUGAAGACACGGGAAGCAACAAGGAUUCAAUUCAACACUCUUUUGAGGCACAAGGUCAGUUAAAACGCUGGAAGCCAGACAGCUUAGGAAGUCCUACACAAACCACCGGCCCAUGCCAGGAAGUGACGGAUGGGCAGGUGAAGGCGGUGUGGGAGGAGCUAGGGGUUGGUUCUGGAGGAUCACUGGACAGGCAGGAGUUAUCGCUGGUCUGUGACCACAUCGGCCUCAAGAAUCUGCAGUCUGAGGAGUUGGAUGCUCUCUUCAAAAAACUGGACAAAGACCAGGAUGGGAAGGUGAGCCUUACGGAGUUCCAGAAAGGUCUGUUCAGACAUGGAGACUUACCUGAACCCACUGCUGCCUCCACCCCCCUCCGGGCCAGCACACAGCGAACUUUCUCACAGGCUCUCGAGGAGCGAGUGGGCCGGUCUACCUCACCCUCACUACUUUCAGCUACGGUGGGCCAGAGGCUGCUGACCCGGCUGGAUGACGGCUCAGGCUGCACCAGUCCCGAGAGAGUCGUUACUCUGUGGAAUGAUGAAGGAAUCCGUAACAGCAGGGAUAUCCUACAGACCCUGGACUUCUCUUUGGAAGAGCGUUUGAGCCUUGCAGAGCUCACUCUAGCCUUGGACAAUGAGCUGCUGGUCAGCGGCAAUGGAAUCCAUCAGGCUGCCCUUAUCUCUUACAAGGAUGAAAUCCAGUUCCUACAGGUUUUGGCAAACCAGGCCUGUCAGGAGAGGGAUAAAGCUAAGGCUGAUUUGGAAAUGGCUGACCGUCGCAAUCUACAGCUGGUCAGGGAGAUUGAUGACCGUCAUGCAACCAUAGAGUCACUUAAUGAAUCUAAAAUCAAGGAUUUGGAACAGGAUUUCAGGGAUAAGCUGACUGCUCUAAGGAGUGAGACAGAUCAGGAGAAUGAAGUUUUGCUACAGCAGAUGGAGAGAGAGAGAACCAAGCUGAGGGAAGAAGUGGAACACCUCAAGGCCCAAGAAGCCACUUUACAGGAAGAAGCCAACAAUGCCAUGAAGGAGAACAGCCGUUUGGAAGAGGAGAUAUGUGCUCUUAAGGGGAAGCUUUUAGAAUCAGAAAGCACCAUCUCUAAACUAAAGAAAGAUCUAGAUCAUGUGCUACAAGACAAGUAUGGGGGCUUAGAUCCAAGCAGCGCAGGACUGUUGAGCCAGGAGGAGCGUCUCUCAGGAAUCAUAAAGCAGUAUGAACUUCAGUGCAGGGAGUUGCAGGACAGGAAUGACGAGUUAAGCUCUGAACUAGAAGUACUAAGGUGUCAAGGCUCAGGAAAAAGAAGCAGGCGAUCUCGGGACAGCUUCUCCAAUCACACCUGGUCCAGCCGCAGAGCUCUGACCACUGAGUCCGAUUCAGAUGACCCAGAAAUGAAAAGAGUCACAUCUCCUCAGGUUAAGAAAAACUCUGAAAAGAAUGCCUUAGGUUCCUUGGAAAGUUUGGCUCCGACAGUGAGCAUUGAGACAGAGCUAGCCAUGGAGCAACUGAAGGAUCAAGUUCAGGAUCUGAAGAUCCAGCUGGAGACCAAGUUAAAUUUCUACGAGCGGAACAUAGAGCUGAUGAAGCAGAACAUGGAAGUUGAGCGGAAAGAGAUUGCACAGGGCUACAAGAUGGAAAUCAGCGAGCUGGAGGAGCAGAAGAUCCUGGCAGAGGAACGACUGGAGCAGCUACGCCAGACUGUGGAGAGGCUAGAGGGAGAACUAAGGGUUAAGGGAGAGGGCAUGGCCUGGGGGUCUGAGCAGGAGCGACGGGCUCAGCGUGAACAGGCUGAACUGGAGCAGAACUACGCCCGUGAGAUAAGCAACAUUGUCCAUCGCCUCACCUCAGAGAAAGAUCAGCUGGAGGCAGAGCUUAAGCUGAAGAUGGACCAGGAAGUGCUUCUUGCUAGGGAGGAAAUGGAGCAACAGAUUUUGCACAUCCAGACUGAGUCCAGCGAGACUCAGCGACGACUGCAGCAGCAGCUGCAUGAGCAGGCUGAGCAGCACUGCAGAGAGAUGGGGACGUGGGAGGCUAGAGUGCUGGAGCUGGAGCUGGAGGUGCGCAGGGAGCACCUACUUGGCGCAGAACGUUUGGGAGAAGAGCAGGCUCGGAUCUGCAGCAGCUUUGCUCAGGAGAGGAAGAGACUGGAAGAGAAGCACCAGGAGGAGGUCAGGGAGCUGAGAGAGUGUAUCUGCAGGAUGCAGACUGAGGCUGAAUUGGAAUGUAAUGCUGAGAAUGAGUUGCUCAGUCUACAGAGGCAGCUAGAAGAGAAGCUGGAGGAGAUGUGCAUCGAGCUGGAAGACAACACUGUCUCAAUGAAAGCGCAGGAUGCACUUAUACAGAAUUUGACUUCAGAGCUGCAUGCCAAAGAGAGGGAGAUGGACCUUAAGAAGGAAAGAGAGCAAAAGCUUCUCAGUAAAGUGUCACAGCUUGAGCAUAAACUUAAUUCGGAACGAGAAAAGAAGAGAGAACUUCUUGACCAGAUUUCUCGACAAAAGGUGGAAAAUGCCAAAGAAGAAGAGCUUCUCAGCAGGUUGUCACAGCUUGAAGAGAGGCAUACAAAUAAUCAAAAGGGCAUGAAAACAGAAAUUGAGACAUUACAAAAGGAAAAGGAAGAAAUGCAGGAAAACUACAAUAGUAUGUCAUCUAUAUAUGUCCAGCAGCAAGCCCAGCUAGAGAAACAAGAACAGGAACUAGAGCAGCUUAGAGGAAACUUGGAGGAUACACAUAUAGCCCUGAAAAAUAGAGAUGAUGACUUGUCAAGACAAGCCUAUGAGCUAGAAUCUGUGGAGAAACAAAAAGGCAAGCUUGUGGAGGAACUUACAAAUCAAGUUGUUGUUUUUAAUGACCUUCAGAAAGAAGUUCAACGGCUAUCUGAGGACUGGAAUCAGUUGAAUGAGAUGGCCCAAAAUUUGCAGAAUGCCUUAAGCCAGGAGCAGAGCAAGGUUACCCAGCUCCAAAAAACAAGGAACUUGGAACAAGAAGAGAAGAGCCAACUUUUACAGGAGAGAGCAAGUUACUGUCAUCUUUCAGACCAGCUAUCUUCCCAAAUUGUGGAAAUGGAAGCUGAGACAACCAAACUCAAGGAGGAUCUUGAGGAACUAAGAUUAGAGGUAUGUCACAAGGACAGCCUAAUACUAGAACUUCAGAAUCAGCAAGAAGCCAAAGCCAAAGAAAUGGAUUUGCUCUGGAGUGAAGUACGUCAGAAGAUGGACUUGUUCCAAAACGUCAGCCAGCUCACAAGUGAGGUGGAACGCUUGAGUAGGCUGUUGGAGGACAAGGAGGAGGAGCUGUGCUCCAUAAAAGAAGAGGCAGACAACAGCACCAAUCAGCUGCAGCGAUCAUUGAUGGACUCUCAGGCAGGUGUUCAGCGGAUGGAGGAGGCAUUUGCGCAGGAGAAGAACCAAAUGAGGGAGCAAUUGCUGGGAAUGGAAAGACUGGUCUUGGCUCUGGAAACCGUGAUGGACCCAGCUAGUCCACACAGAGCUCGCCUUGAUGAGGUUAAUUCUGAAAACAGUGCACUGAAAGAAAGAUUGGCAGUCUUGCACCAGGAUGUGAUGAGACUUGAAGAGGAAGUCAGCAAAAAGAGGAGGAAACUUGAGGAAACCGAGAGAGAAUAUACUACGAUACGGGAUGAAGUGGAGAGGUUACACAAAGAGAACUGCAAGUGUCGAGAAGAAGUGCUGGAGCUUAGUACUCGAAACCUGCAGCUGAGUAAUGAAAAUGCAGAGUUGAACUGUCACCUUCGUUCUGACCAGGGAGCAGUUCAGAGGCUGACUGAAAGUCUUGCACAGGCCUCUCAGGAGCAGGAACAGGCAGCUCUGUCUAUCAAACAGCUGCAGGAGACAUCAAGCCAGCUGGAGAAUGAGAAGCUUCGUCUGCAGGUCAGCAAGCAAGAGGAAAAGGAGCACCUGGAAAGGGAACUAAAAGUGGCCAGGGACAAGCUUAAACAACUGACUGAAAUGGAGUCUGCUCUGUCCAGCUUAACUCUGAAAAACCAGUCACUACAGCAGGACAAGGACAGCUUGUUGAGGGAAGCAGAGGAAAGAAACAAAAAGAUUGAGACCCUUCAGGAGCGCAUCAGCGGCCUUGAAACACAGACAUCCCAGCUUCACUCACAACUUUAUUCAAUGAGCAAAGAAAAGGAAGAUCACGUUCAGGAGAUGUCUGCACAUCGCAAGCUGCUGAACGAGUCUCAGGAAAAGGUCUUGGAGCUUGAGGCCAGUAUGCGUGAGCUGUGUAAAGAGAAGGAGCAGCUUCAGGAGAUUCUCAGGAUACAACAGCAGACAGCAGUCUCUGCCCAGCAGGAAGAGCUAAGAACUGUGAGAACGCACAACCAGGAGCUUCUGGAAAAGGUCUCAGCCUUUGAAUCCAAGCUGCAGAUGCAGGAGUUAGAUCUUCAAAAAGUAAAACAUGAAUGCCUCACCUUGAAGAACAAAAAUGCAGAGCUGGAGACUGCCAAGCACAGGGCCGAGGAACAGGCUUUAAGGGCAAACACUGAUCUGUCACUGAGCCAAGCCCAGCAUGUGCGUGAGGUACAGCAGCUCCGGGAGCAGGUAGGCACUGGUAACCGAGAGCAGCUGGCUCACAUGCAUGCUCAGCUGACUGAGCAACAGAGCAGAACUCAGCAGCUGGCAGAGCAGCUUCGGACUCAGGGCCAACAAGCCAGCACGCAGUUGAGCCUUCAGCAGGAGCAAUAUGAGAAGGUGAUGGAGAACAUGCAGGAGCGGAUGGAGGAGGUAGAAGCUAAGCUAAAGAGUGUACGACUGAUGCUUCAGGAGAAGGUUAAUCAGCUAAAGGAACAGCUGGCCAAGAACGCAAAGUCCGAUCUGCUGCUGAAGGACCUCUAUGUUGAAAACUCGCAGCUCAUGAAGGCUCUGCAGGUAACAGAGCAGAGGCAGAAAAGUGCAGAGAAGAAGUCUUUCCUUUUGGAAGAGAAGGUAGCUGCGCUCAACAAACUCCUGCGCAAAAUUGCUCCUGCAUCUCUUUCUGCUUAGAAUUCCCUUUUAGGAGUAACGGACUGUGAAAUGCCUGGAGUGCUGUAUAUUUUCUAUUACAAAAUAGAUUAGAGGAAGAACCUUAUCCACAGUAUAGUUGUUCAAACUUCUAGGGCUGGUAUCCCUUUUAAAGGAAAAUCAACAGUUAGAAUAUUGUAUUGUAUACUGUCCUGGACUAGGCUUAAACCUGCCCCUUUUUGUAAAACCCAGAAGCACAAUUAAUUUAAAUUGCUGCUGUAAAAUAACCAUAAUAAUGUCAGCUCACUGUUUUCAGUAAUAUACAAUAAUGCACUCAUGUGACCGUUGGUAAAAGGCCAGAUCGUUUUUGUUGUUUCU